GCGUGCACCCGUGGCUCGUAUCGUAGCGGACUUGCCAGCAGCAUACCGGCGCCGCGGGGCAGAAACACCAAAACCUGAGGUGGAGAUCGCGCGAGCCGCCGAACCCCAUCUCUCUUCCUCGCCACCACCCGCAUCUCAAUCUCUCUCUCUCUCUCGCCUCCCUCCCCGCGACUACGGCUGGCGGCGGAGGCUGCUGCGGCGGCGACGAUGACCUCCAGGAUGGCGCUCCGCCCCCACGACGUCACCCUCUGCCUCUCCUCCCCGCUCGCCGGCCACCGCCACCGCAGGAGGAGCAGCCGCGUCAGGGUACUCGCCGUCGCCUCGUCCACCGCCAAGGUUGAGAGUAAGAAGGCAUUUGCUCCUCCAAGGGAGGUACAUGUCCAGGUUACACACUCAAUGCCACCUCAGAAGAUCGAGAUAUUCCAGUCUCUUGAUGGUUGGGCUAGAGAUAAUCUCCUGCUACAUCUCAAGCCAGUUGAGAAGUGUUGGCAGCCACAGGAUUUCCUCCCUGAUCCAGCAUCUGAUAGCUUUCACGAUGAAGUCAAGGAACUCAGAGAACGUGCCAAGGAAAUUCCUGAUGAUUAUCUUGUUUGUUUGGUCGGAGACAUGAUUACUGAGGAAGCUCUUCCUACAUACCAGACCAUGCUUAACACCCUUGAUGGCGUCCGAGAUGAAACAGGUGCAAGCCCCACUGCUUGGGCUGUUUGGACGAGGGCAUGGACGGCUGAGGAGAACAGGCAUGGUGACCUUCUAAACAAGUAUCUGUACCUCACUGGGAGAGUUGACAUGAGACAAAUUGAGAAGACAAUUCAGUAUCUUAUUGGCUCUGGCAUGGACCCUAGGACAGAGAACAAUCCAUAUCUUGGGUUCAUCUACACUUCUUUCCAAGAGCGUGCAACCUUCAUCUCACAUGGAAACACUGCUCGCCAUGCCAAGGACUUCGGUGACCUAAAGCUCGCACAGAUCUGUGGUAUCAUCGCCUCGGAUGAGAAGCGGCAUGAGACUGCAUACACCAAGAUUGUUGAGAAGCUGUUCGAGAUCGAUCCAGAUGGCACUGUGCUUGCUCUAUCUGACAUGAUGAAGAAGAAGAUCGCAAUGCCUGCCCACCUGAUGUUUGAUGGGCAGGAUGAUAAGCUUUUUGACCACUUCUCCAUGGUGGCUCAGAGGCUCGGAGUUUACACCGCCAGGGAUUAUGCUGACAUCCUCGAGUUCCUUGUUGGGAGGUGGAAGGUGCCCGACCUGACUGGCCUCUCUGGUGAGGCACAGAAGGCCCAGGACUACCUUUGCACCCUUGCAGGAAGGAUCCGGAAGUUGGAUGAAAGGGCUCAAUCGAGAGCCAAGCAAGCCGGUAAGAUGCCCUUUAGCUGGGUCUAUGGUAGGGAAGUGCAAAUGUGAGCACCAGAUGCCAUUGCGACUGCUUGCAUAACGGCUUCCAGCGAAUCCAUGUGGAGACCGUCUUGAUAGCGAGGUUCAGGUUUCGCCUCGUUGCAUAGUUCUUCAGGUUCAUCAGUACCAUCAGUACCGUUCUUGUAGCGAUAGGGAGAUGCUGUCUGUCCGUGUCUUAGUUUUGUUCGGUGCUCUAAUGUACAACUUCUGAUCGUGUGGAGUGGACAUGAACUGAACAUGCAGUUUGCCUUCAGUGUGCUGUUUCUGUUGUUCAGAUCCGUGGAAGUUCAAGUUUUGUGACCCAGAACCUUUAUCAUCAUAAACUCUUUUCCUUAUCUGGGCGAAAUCUGCCAUGUCAAAUAAUAAUAUUGGAGAAGCUCCAACUGAA